AUGAAAGAAGAAACUAACAUGAAAACAUUUCGAAAUUUAUUUGUAAACAUCAUAAGAAAGGGAAAGACUCAAGGAUUUUUCAUCCAUGAUUUUAUAUUAAAAGAAUCAAUUUGCGAUCCGAAGGGUUUGCUGCAAUCUUACUUGACUUUCUAUUUUAUUGCUAGCUCUAAUAUUUUUUUGAUGAAAAAUAUUCAACAUAAACCAUUUCAUCUUGAAUUUGUCAGUUUGUCGCAACGAUAA